GGAGCGAGCACGCAGGCCCCGGGGCAGCGUACGCAAGCCGAGGCAGCGCGUGGCCGUUUACGCCUAAGUGUUGCGGGAGUUAUCAAGCACUGUUGUAGGUGUUGGCUGGCUCUGGCUUUUGAAGAGGUUGUGCGCUGAGGAAGAUCAAAGCAGCAACCUUUGCCCGUUAGGGAAUGGACCGUUUGGGCUCCUUUAGCAAUGAUCCCUCUGAUAAGCCACCGUGUAGAGGCUGCUCCUCCUACCUCAUGGAACCUUAUAUUAAGUGUGCUGAAUGUGGGCCACCUCCUUUUUUUCUCUGCUUGCAGUGUUUCACUCGAGGAUUUGAGUACAAGAAACAUCAAAGCGAUCAUACAUAUGAAAUAAUGACCUCAGACUUUCCUGUUCUUGACCCCAGCUGGACUGCUCAAGAAGAAAUGGCACUUUUAGAAGCUGUGAUGGACUGUGGCUUUGGAAAUUGGCAGGAUGUGGCCAAUCAGAUGUGUACCAAGACCAAGGAGGAGUGCGAAAAGCACUACAUGAAGCAUUUCAUCAAUAACCCUCUGUUUGCUUCUACCCUGCUAAACCUGAAACAAGCAGAGGAGGCAAAGACUGCUGAUACAGCCAUUCCAUUUCACUCUACAGAUGACCCUCCCCGACCUACCUUUGACUCCUUGCUUUCUCGGGACAUGGCAGGAUACAUGCCAGCUCGAGCAGAUUUCAUUGAGGAAUUUGACAAUUAUGCAGAAUGGGACUUGAGAGACAUUGAUUUUGUUGAAGAUGACUCAGACAUUUUACAUGCUCUGAAGAUGGCUGUGGUAGAUAUCUAUCAUUCCAGGCUAAAGGAGAGACAGAGACGAAAAAAAAUUAUAAGAGAUCAUGGAUUAAUCAACCUUAGAAAAUUUCAAUUAAUGGAAAGGCGGUACCCCAAAGAAGUCCAAGACCUUUAUGAAACAAUGAGGCGAUUUGCAAGGAUUGUGGGCCCAGUGGAACAUGACAAAUUCAUUGAAAGCCAUGCACUGGAAUUUGAACUUCGAAGGGAAAUAAAGCGACUUCAGGAAUAUAGGACAGCAGGCAUUACCAAUUUUUGUAGUGCCAGGACAUAUGAUCACCUAAAGAAGACACGUGAGGAAGAACGCCUUAAGCGCACCAUGCUCUCUGAGGUUCUGCAGUACAUCCAGGACAGCAGUGCAUGCCAGCAGUGGCUCCGCCGGCAAGCUGACAUUGAUUCCGGACUGAGUCCUUCUAUUCCAAUGGCUUCAAAUUCAGGUAGACGGAGUGCACCACCUUUGAACCUUACUGGCCUUCCUGGCACGGAGAAGCUGAAUGAAAAAGAAAAGGAGCUCUGUCAGAUGGUGAGGUUGGUCCCAGGAGCCUAUUUAGAAUAUAAAUCUGCUCUCCUGAAUGAAUGUAACAAGCAAGGAGGCUUGAGACUGGCACAGGCAAGAGCGCUCAUCAAGAUAGACGUGAACAAGACCCGGAAAAUUUAUGAUUUCCUCAUCCGAGAAGGAUACAUCACCAAAGCUUGAGCUCGUAAGGCCCUCGGAUCCCAAGUCUGAACUUUGGAAUGUGGUGUGUCAAGAGGACAGUGUACACAUUCUGAAGGGUCUUGUUGUUGAGCUGAAUUCUCACUGUACAAAAAGAAGACAAAGGAAA